AUGAACGUUCUCUUCACGUCCGCCGCCGCGUGUUCUCCGCGUUUGAUCGGAGCGCCUGCCGAAGCGCGCUCGCGCCCUUUGCAAGGCUUCCGCGUCUCUGUGUUCGUCGUCCGCCCGCAAAGACAUGGCGAGCUCGAUUGUGGCUGUCAUCCCUGUCUUGAUCUCUUUUGCCCCCCAACCACAAUUCACUUUCUGAUGCCUAAGGACACUAGCAACUCUACUCGCCCUCUCCUCGCUGUGCGCACCAUGAACCAGCCAUACCCCAUGCCGGGUGCCUCUACUAGCCCCGACUCCGCUAUCAGCCCGACUGCUCCCAACCACCAGUCGGCUGCUCACAAGGCCCGCAUACUCUUCAAGAACACGAUGACUGAAGAGGAAGCCAUCCGUGACCAGAAGAAGCUUGCCUCGAACUCUCGGCUCUCCAUUGCUACAGGCACUACUCGCCUCUUCCCCCUUCCCCCGACUGAGCUCCAGCUUGUGCAGCGCUCGGGCCAGGCCACCAGCGGACGGUUCUCAGUCACCAAUGGCAUCAUCAGUCUGGAUGACACCAUGAGCGAUGGGAACAUCAACUUUGUACCCUCGCCAGAGCAGCAACACAAGAAGGUGGAUGCUAGGGGAAGGGUUGACCAGCAUGUUCAGUUGGCAGAGAGGGAUGAGACUCACAAGCAUUGGGUUAAGACUAUUGGGCGGAUUGUGGCUUACCACAUGUUUGGUGGAGCUAGGAAUGAUGUCUACUUCCGGAUCAAACUCCCACAUGGCUAUACUCUCUGGCAUCAUGUUGAUGGCACAGCCUCUGAAGAGAAUAAUGCUAGAAAGGACAAAUAUCUAUAUGGCUGCACAACCCAUGGAUCAGGCAAAAUGACCUUCCGCAGCCCUGCAGAGUUUGCGCCUCACUUCAUGUGGCUUAUGCUUGGCCGUCCUGAGGGGGGUUGCAAGUGCCAGUACUGUUCCCACCGCCCUCAGGACCUUGUCUCAUCUGAGCUCUUUGGUUAUGUACCUAAGAGUGAGGAUAUGGACAGCCCUCAGCCUGUAAGGGGGAGACAGGCAUCUGCAGCGGAGAAUAAAAAACCAAGGGCUAAGAAGGUCAAGCCUGCGGAUAAGCCCAUUGUGGCCAAGAAUUACACCAAGAUGCUCUGA